ACGGAUCACCGUGGACGUGCACGAGGGCGUGUGGACGUGUAGAAGAUAGAAGGGGACAGAAGGAGUCUCCCAGCCAGGAAACAAGCGAAUGGAAGUAAAAGCGACUACUGCUUGAAUCAAGUGAAGACGACUUUGAGUGAAUUGCGUGUGUGUAGAUGAGCAAGUUGUGCUGUCGUGUGGGGGGGGGGGAAAGUCCAUCUGUUCCUUGCAGGAUUCCACCGUGACGCUUCGCGCAAACGUCAUGGCGGCGGCGGCCUCGCCCUCCUCCGGCCUCCUGCUCUUCCUUCUCACGUCCUCCCCGGCCUGGUUCCCGUCUCCGGGCUCGGCCUUUGUCACCGACUGGCACCACAUGACACCAUCAGCUCCUGUUGAACCUCACUUCACUAACUGCAUAUCCCGAGACCAGGUGACAUUCAGCUGCUGGUGGACUCCCGGAAGCUUCCGCAACCUGUCGGAUCCCGGCGCGCUGAGGGUCUUCUACCAGAAGCGAGUCAUAGACUCCCCCACCAAGGACGAAUGGAAAGAGUGUCCACACUAUUUCCACUCGAGGAGGGAGUGCUUCUUUGACAGAAACCACACAACCAUUUGGACCACCUACUGCUUGCAACUGCGCAGCCGAGACAACAUCACCGAUUUCAACACGGACGACUGCUUCACUGUGGAAAACAUUGUACGUCCUGACCCUCCAGUGUCUCUCAACUGGACCUGCCUGAACGUGAGUCCCUCCGGGCAAAGUUACGACGUCGUGGUGACGUGGAAGCCGCCCCCCUCUGCAGAUGUCGCAGUUGGCUGGAUGCAGAUAGUCUACGAGGUCCAGUACAGAGAGAUGAACAGCACCAACUGGGAGGCACUGGAGGUUCAGCUGCAGCCUCAAACCCAGCAGACAAUCUAUGGACUCGAUGUAGGAAAAGUAUACGAGGUGCACAUCCGCUGCAGGAUGAAGGCCUUCACCAAGUUCGGAGACUUCAGUGAAUCUGUCUUUAUUGAAGUGUCCAAGAUUCCCAGCAAAGUCUUUCUAGAUUUAUUUUCUCUGCUCACAUUAGUUAUUGUUUUGGGAGUUGUGGCCGCCGUCAUACUCAUCAUGUGGAUUGUUGUCUCACAGCAGCACAGAUUAAUGGUAAUUCUGUUGCCACCAGUUCCGGCGCCCAAAAUUAAAGGUGUGGAUUCAGAGCUGUUAAAGAAAGGAAAGCUGAAUGAGCUGAACUUCAUCCUGAGCGGUGGAGGGCUGGUUGGCGGCCCUAUGUAUUCACCAGAAUUUUACCAAGAUGAGCCAUGGGUGGAAUUCAUCGAGGUGGACGUGAAGGAUCCGGACACUGGGGAGAAGCAGGACGACCAGGCCUCGGACACCGAGAGGCUUUUGGGGGGCUCUCCGCAUGUCAGACAGCGAGCGGGGUGCUCCAACGCCCUCAGUCCUGACAGCGACCGCCUGAACAUAGACGACAGCGCGCUCACGUCCACGCUGCUGCCGGGCCAGCCCGACGACAGAGAAGCCUGCCUGUGCGUCGACUCGGAGCGAGGGGAGAGGCCCCCGGCGCCCUCAGGUCCUCAGACAUGGGUCAACACGGAUUUCUACGCCCUGGUCAGCAACGUCAUGCCCUUCGGGGGCGUGGUCCUGUCCCCUGGCCAACACUUACGAAUGCAGGAGAGCGGCCCAGCCUCGAACCAGUCCUCGAAGAAUGAGAAGAAAGACGGUGAGGAGGAGGAGGAGAAGAAGCAAAAGGAGCUUCAGUUUCAGCUCCUGGUGUUGGAACCGGACUCCGAGAGCAGCACCCAACAGAUUAUCCCCCCGCCUUACUGCUCCUUGCCCGGCGAGAGCUGCCGGUCCAUCGAGCCUCGGCCGGCCGAAGCCUACCAGUCGCCUUACGUCUCUCCCGACUCCCCCCAGGCGCAGCUCUUUGCCCCCGUGGCGGACUACACGGUGGUACAGGAGCUAGACAGUCAACGCAGCGUUCUGCUCGACCCGCCGACCCACCAGUCGGCGCAGUCGUGCCUGUUGAGGCACCCGCUCAAAGCCCUCCCGGCCAUGCCCGUGGGGUACGUCACCCCGGACCUGCAUGGCGCGCUCUCGCCUUGAAUGCAAAGUGUUUAGAGCGGGAAGUCAGCUGACUCCUGCCGGAAGCCAAACGAAUCGCAGUGAGCCGGGAGGGGACUUGAACGUGCGCCCGCUGUCGUACAUCCGCUCCCCCAAAAAUGUAUUUGCUGCGCUUCUUGUUCUGUUUCCUUGCAAACGACAGAGGAGAGACAUUUUAAAGAAGCAAUACGCAUAAGUUUGGCGCAUAUCGUUAGAGAGUAGCCCAAGUCUUGACCUCGAAGAGUGAAGCACAGUUUCCCUGCCGCACAAGUUGCAAAAGAAGCAUCCGCUGUUGUUUAUACCUCUUAGUAAUCCACAUAAUUGACACAACUUUAAAAAUCUACAUCCUUAUAAGAGAUGUAGAACUAUUAAUAUACUGCUAAAACAGAGCAAGAAGCUAUUUGAUUUUUGUUAUUUUGCUGCAAACCUGCAUUACAACCUUUUCUUAUAAUACAAUGGACCCCCGCUGACACGCGGUUCGGCACCUGCGGAUUCACCUAUUUGCGGAUAUUUUUUCAAUUUUUUGUGAAAUCUUUUUUACCGAUUUUUCUUUUUUUCCCUUCCCUUCUUUCAUGGGCCCAACACCAAAAGCCUGCUUCUUCGAGAAUUGUUUUGGUUUAAAUAUAUAUGUAUGUGUAUAUAUAAUACGUAUACACAGUAUAUAUUGUCACCAGCCGAUCGCAGCUAAUAUAUACCCAAAGAAAUCACUUUCAUUUUAAAAUGUGGCCAAGUUGUGAAUAAUGUGGGGCUUGAGUGUAUUUUACAAUUGAACACGCAAACACACGCGCUGACAAUUUCUUUAUAGUAACUGUGAUAAACAAGCUCCUACACAUGGCAUUACGGUGCCUUGCUGGAGGCUGCUGUUCAAGGAGACCAAGGAAAGUGCCAACGAGGCUGAUGACCAAAGGGAAAGCACAACGCAGUUUAUGGACAUUUAUUGGACAUUUAUUGGCAGGAACGAGAUUUUCCCCUUGAUCCUGGCCUCGUUUAAUUUUUAUUUUACUCGCAUGAAUCUUACAUACUGCGGCAACAAUACUUUGAAAGCUGCUGUACAUGCAGCAGACGGACUCACACACACUAACAACCAAUACCAACUCAUAGGCUACACACUUAUAAUGUUAUGUUAAUGUUUUCAUAUUCUGUAUGUUUGUGUCAAAUAAUUCCGGGAUGGCGACUGGACAGAGUCAAAAGAAUGUCAAGGCGUGUCGUUAGGUCUAACUAAACGCAGUGUUAACAACCGCUUUUUCCACUGUUAUGUGAAUGGCUCGUCGUGCCUGUGUUGAUGUAUAUUUAACUGAUCAUAGUAAUAAUAAUAUAAUAAUUAUAGGAUUUUUUUUUUGUUUUUUGUUUUUGCCUGGCUAUAAAAUAAUUGUAAAGGUGGCAGUGUGUUUAGAUGAACUGGUGAGGCAUCUCUGUGCAUACAUCCUCACAGAAUACAUUUGGUACACGUGGACUUAAAUGUAGCAGAAUUUGCAAAAGGGAAUUUGUUUAAAAAGCUGCCCAGUUGUAACUAUGCUUUUUUUGUUUGUUUGUUUGUUUGUUUGUUUGUGGUUGAAAGUGGGGUCAGUGACAAGUGGAAAAGCUGUGAAAAUGUUUUAUAAAAGGGCUCGUGAGGUGACAAAUUGAUUUAUCAUUGUACUGGUCAUAACAAUAAUGUUGGAAAUCAUUUUAAUACAAUGCGUAUGCAACAAAAAUUCUACCGUUUUUUUAUUUUUUAUUAUUAUAUCUGGAACAAAGAAAAUAUAUUUUAUUUAGAUUUAUUUUGGUUAAUUGAAGACUCUAAAUUGCCCGUAGAUGUGAAUGUGAGUGCGAAUGGUUGUUUGUGUCUAUGUGCCUUGCGAUUGGCUGGCGACCAGUUCAGGGUGUACCCCGCCUCUCGCCCAGAGAUAGCUGGGAUAGGCUCCAGCACUCCUGCGACCCCAGUGAGGAGAAGCAGUACGGAAAUUAAUGUAGAUUUAUUUUUAUUUUGUUUUACUAAUCCCAAAUAUAUUGGUGUGUUGAAGGUUCAUUUAAAAAGGGACUAAAGCCAAGUUUGGAGGUGGCAAGAAUACAUUGUAUGUACCUCCACUUGUCUAAACACGGUAUUCUGAUUAAUAGUGCGUUUGUGGAAUAAGAAUUAAACAGAUUCAUUCAUCAAAUUUUAAUCCAUCUCAGUGAGCCGCCAUGUUUGGCAAUUUCUCCCUCUGUUGUCGAAAUUAACGUCACUGCUGCUCUCAUGCGUCCGUUGCGAACGUCACGUGACCAAACUCCGACACCGGGUAGCCAGUCUUGCUAAAAUUUUGUUCAAAUCGUCAUGUGAUCAACCUAUAGUGAUGCUAUUUAUCGCAGCAUACAGGGGGAGUCCGUUACCCAGUUUCGCAACGGAAGCGUGAGAGACGUGACGUUAAUUUCAGUCAACAGCAGAGGGCGAUAUUGCCAAACAUGGCGACCCCCUGUGAUGGAUGAAAAUGUAUGCAUUCAUCUGUUCAUUUCUUAUUCCACAAAAGCAAAAUGAAUUUGAAUACCAUGUUUAGUGUGCCUGGAAAUGCGUGUGUUUAAGUGUAAUUGUGUGUGUGUGUGUGUGUGUGUGUGUGUGAGUGUGAGAAAGUAAGUCUGCGGACUUUUGUGUCUGUGCUUGUGUGUGUGGAAGUGGUAGAGGGCGUGCGUGCAUGUCAGUGCAUGUGUGGAAGUGCGUGUGGAAGUAACUGCGUGUGGAAGUACGUGUGUAGGUAAGUGCUUGUGUAUAUGUUUGUGAAGUGUAACUGUGUGUGUGUGUGUGUGUGUGUGUGUCAUUUGCAGUUUGCUUAUGAAUGAAGAGAAACACAAGGAUGCGUUUUCCCUUGUAUGGGAAAGAUUGCCCAUAACUGAAAGAAGUUUCCAGCAAGGAAGCCCCCCCUGUAUGCUGAAGCUUCUGUUCAGCAUAGUGACUGUGAAUGUGUACAAAAUGGAAUAUACUGUGUGUAAUGCAAUCAGUGACGACCAGUGGAAAGGUCUUUUCUUCACGCUUUGGGUGCAGACGUUUACUUCAACGUGUCAAUUUACAGUAUGUGUGUUUGCCGGCUCACAGUGAGUGCAUAUGUUGAUUGCAACUUUUUUCUACGUUAAAGACACUUUAGACUGAGCACUUUGUGCACGUUUGUCAGACAGCGAAUUGAGAAUGAGAAUUUAGUCAGAUUUCAUACAAAAAGUAGGGUUUACUUUCUUUUUUUUUUGC